GCCGGGUAAACAACCAUGUCUAUCCAGAAUAAGGGAAGCAAGAGAAGUGCAGAAGUGGCUACUGAAAAGCCCAGCAAAAAAUCCAAACAUGUCGAAGUUUCUGACGUAGAAUCUGAAUCUGCAAAUACAGAAACUUCUGAUUCGGAAUCAGAAGAUGACUUGGACAAAAUGGACAGUUCUGACGAUGAUGACAAUGAUGACAGUCGCGAUAGUGACAAAACCGUUGCUGGCGGUGACUCAGAAGAAAAUCCCGACAAGAAAACUUCGAAAGAGCAACAUGAAGAACAAAGAAAGCUAUUAAAAGAGAGAAAGAACAAAAGGAAAUCUGGUGUCGAAGUUGAAAGAAUCAAGAAGUUAUGGGAAAGGUUAAGAGUGCAGAACCCACCAUUACCUAAGGAGGUCAGAGAUAAGCUAUCCAAUGAAACUUGGGAGCUAUGUGAAGGUGUUUUGGGGGAUCUAGUAUUAAAGCAUGAUGCCUCCAGAGUUGUUCAGACUUUGAUCAAGUACUCUUCAAAGGAGAGAAGAGAUGACAUCUGUAAAGAGCUAAGACCAUAUUACUACAAGCUAGCUACUUCUGCUUAUGGUAAAUAUCUUUUGAUUAAGUUGCUCCACUAUGGAAGCAAAGACUCAAGGGCAAUUAUCAUCAAAGAGUUGCAUGGUAAGUUAAGAAAGCUAAUGAGACAUAGAGAAGGUGCAUAUGUUGUUGAAGAUAUGUUCGUAUUGUAUUCCACUGCCAAGCAAAGAAACCUUAUGAUUAGAGAAUUCUGGGGCUCUCAGUACGCAUACUUCCCGGAUGAGAAUGAUACCAGAAGUAUUGUCGAGGUCUGUAACGAGUCUGCAGAAAAGAAGAAAUUGAUCUCAGGAAAUUUAUUUGGUACUAUCAAAGCAUCAAUUGAGAAAGGUUCUAUAGGAUUCCAAAUUUUGCAUGCGGCUAUGAAGGAAUAUGUGCAAAUCUUUGAAGGACAGGAAGUUAGAGACUUCAUCGACUUAGUCACUGAGCAAUUUGCCUCAUUAGUACAUACUCCUGAAGGAUGUGAAGUCGCAUGCAUUGUCUUGGCAAAAGCCACAGCAAAGGAAAGAAAGGGUUUAUUAAAGAGCUUGAGAGAGCAUGCUGAGGCGUUAGCUACCAACGAACACGGACAAACGGUCCUACAAGUUAUUUUCAUGACUGUUGAUGAUACUGUUUUGGUCCAGAAGACUUUCCUACCCUCAUUUGAAGAUAAGAUGGAUACUUUAUUGGUAAAUAAGUAUUCAAGAAGACCAUUUAUCUAUCUUUUGAAUGGCCUAGACAAAUCGUAUUUUUCUCCACUUGUCUUGAAAGAUAUUAAUAGAUACUCAGAGCUGUCGAAAGAGACAUCCAAGAAACCAGAAGCUGAAAGGAGGAGCCAAAUUCUCAAACACUUUUUGCCAUCAUUUUACAAUGCUUUCUCAAAACAAGCUUACGACAUGUUAGGUGAAAAUAUGGGAGCCCAGUUUGCUCAGGAAUUACUCUACAACAACGAAUUCCCUGAAAUCAGCACUGAGCUUAGAGAAAAAUCUAUCGACCUUAUCAUCGACUGUGUUAGAGGUGAUCUUACCAAUGAAGAUCACUUAAUAAACAGACCUUAUACUCCCAGAUUAUUGAAGUCGUUAAUCCAAGGUGGGAAAUGGAACAAAGAAACUAAAAAAGUUGACGAAAUACCAGAUAUAAGUUUAGGACUCGAGUUUGCCGCUAAGUUUGUGUCGGAGAUAUUUGAUUCUGGUAAAGAUGAAGCCACUUUAGUAAGCUGGAUUACCAACAAGGAAAGUAGUUUUGUUUUGGUCGCUCUUUGUGACAAGUUUAAGGAAUUCCCAAAGCACGAUGUUGCUAAGGAAUUUGUCAAGCACUUGAAAAAGCAAAAGAAGACGAUCAAAAAACAAGAAGAAAGCAACAAGGGAGCCAAGUUGCUUGCCAAAGUUUUAGAGUUAUAGUAUUGUAUUAGCCUACAGUUAGUGUUUUUGUUCUGUAUAAAACUUCUUUACAUCUAAUUAGUAAAUAUUAACUACAAGCAGUAGUUCAA